AAUAAUAAUAAAAGCGCAGAGAAAUUUUGGUAUCUCAUUUAUCAAUAAAUUCCCGACAGUUUCUCAAAGAUUCCAAAAGAUUUAUAGCCGACGCAACCCACGCGACAGUUCGUUCCCGUUCAUAGGGAAUUUUCUUGAUUUUCGCGUCAGUCAACUAAUGAAAUUCAAAUGAAAGCAAUUUGAUUUAUUGCAAAGUGCACAACAUUUGGCCCACAUUCAUUCAAGUGCUAAACUCUAAACUAACAAACCAAACAAAGACGAAAGUUCAAACCCAAAUCGUAAUCGAAAUCGUAUUCGGAACAGUGGAUCAUUUCCAGCAGUCAAAUCGACGGCGCUAGCAAGUGGAUUAACUUGAAUUCCUUUCUACAUAACGAGAGCAUCGCAGCGCGCUUCGCAGCCGCCGCAGAGCUCAGGAACAGCUGCAAUUUGGAUCUGCUUUCGCCACAGUUGGAAGAUACCGGCCUCAAGACGACGACAUUCUUGCAACACUUUAAGGACGUCGUCACGACGAAGUUCAACGGCAGGGAUCAUCAUUUGCCGCCACUGCAUCCCGCGCAUCCAGCGCACCAGCAGUCCGCGCUGCAUCAUCACCAUCAGCCGCACCAGGCUGUCGCCCAGAGCUUUUCCACCAUUUUUCCGACAUAUUUAGGCAUGGACCGCGCCGGUGCCGGCGGCUGUGGUGCUGCUGGCGGCGGCCUGGGCGUCGUCACCAGCUCGGCCACCGCCCUCGGCCCGGGCGGCAUUGCGGGCGGCGGCGGUGGCGGCGGCCUGGUCAGCGGUGCGCUCAACGGCCUGGAGGCCAUGUCCGCCGAAUCGACUGGCCUCUGCCUGCAGGACUUGGUCAGCGCGGGCACCGCCAAUGGCGCCGGCUCGGCGGGCUCGGCGGAGAGCGCCACCACCACAAGCACAGCGCUGAGCAGUGGCAGCUCCACGGUCAACGGUGGCGGCAGCAGCGCCUCCGGCGCCGAGCAUCUGCACAGCCAUCACAGUCUCCACGACUCCAGCUCCUCGGUCAGCAUCUCACCCGCCAUCUCGAGCCUGAUGCCCAUCAGCAGUCUCAGUCACUUGCAUCACACGGCCGCCGGUCAGGAUCUGGUCGGCAGCUAUCCGCAGCAUCCGCAUCAUGCCGUUGUGCCGCCGCACACACCGAAGCACGAGCCGCUCGAGAAACUCAGAAGUUUAUUCUUUUCAGUUUGGGCCGAAACCGGUGAUUUUCGUGAUAGUCAUAGCUCCAUGACCGCCGUAGCAAAUAGUUUGGAUAGCACACACCUAAAUAACUUUCAAACUUCGUCAUCGUCAAGCCUAGCGAAUCGAAGUCGGGAUCGCAAAGAUGGCAAUCGCAGCGUCAAUGAGACCACAAUUAAAACGGAGAACAUAUCAAAUUCUGGACACGAUGAGCCGAUGACAACCAGCGCCGAUGAGCCAAAGAACGAUAAGAAGAACAAACGGCAGCGGCGACAGCGCACCCAUUUCACCUCCCAGCAGCUGCAGGAGCUGGAGCAUACGUUCAGCCGUAACCGCUAUCCGGACAUGUCGACGCGCGAGGAGAUCGCCAUGUGGACCAAUCUAACCGAGGCCAGAGUUCGGGUGUGGUUCAAGAACCGACGGGCCAAGUGGCGCAAGCGCGAGCGGAAUGCAAUGAACGCGGCUGUGGCGGCGGCUGACUUCAAGUCCGGCUUUGGCACACAGUUCAUGCAGCCGUUUGCCGACGAUUCGCUGUAUACGUCAUAUCCGUACAACAACUGGACGAAGGUACCGUCGCCGCUGGGCACCAAGCCGUUCCCCUGGCCGGUCAAUCCGCUCGGCUCGAUGGUGACCAGCAAUCAUCACCAGAACUCGGUUAACUGCUUCAAUACGGGCGCCAGCGGCGUGGCCGUGAGCAUGAACAACUCAAUGCUGCCGGGCACCAUGGGCUCCACGCUGACCAACACAAAUGUGGGCGUGGGCGCUGCACCCUGUCCGUAUACAACACCCGCCAAUCCGUAUAUGUAUCGCGCCGCCGCCGAGCCCUGCAUGAGCAGCAGCAUGUCCUCGAGCAUUGCCACAUUGCGGCUGAAGGCGAAGCAGCAUGCCACCGGGUUCAGUAGCCCCUAUUCGGCGCCAUCGCCAGUGUCGCGCUCCAACUCCGCCGGACUGUCCGCCUGCCAGUAUGGCGUGACCGAUGUUGUCUGAGAAAACGCACUCGGUGCUCU